AUGAUUGCGUUGAUAUCUUACUUGCUGAGCAUAUGGGAAUGGCUGAUGAACUGGCUGAAAGACCAACAAGAAAAGUUAUUUAGUGGGAAAGCCAUUGAAUUGGACUCGGGAAUCAAGGUUCGAUUGGGGCGAGAGCUGGCUCAGGGAGGUUACAGUUUGGUAUAUAGGGCGACGGAUGCUUCCAAUCCUUCCAUCAUUUAUGCUGUCAAAUGCAUUCGCUGUCAGAAUGAUCCAGAAUUGAGAUCAGGCUGUGUGGAAGAAGGCAAGAUUCAUCGACGACUGCAACAGGCCCAAGACCGCUUUGAGGAUGAUUCCCCCAUGUAUUGCAUGCCUUUGUACGGAAUGACAUUUGAAGACAACAACGAAGUGUGCUAUAUGGCAUUCCCAUAUCUACCGCAUUCACUACGAGAAGAAGUCAAUCAACGAAUCUUUGAUCCUCCUGCUAUUUCCUCAUCUCCACCACCACCAUGGAGCGAAUCGGUGGCCCUGAAGCUCUUUGAUCAUCUGUGCGAGGCAGUGGCACUUAUGCAUCGGGAAGGAGUGACGCAUCGGGAUAUCAAGCUAGAAAAUGUAUUGUUUCAGGGGAGUAAUACAAAACAUCUUCAGGCUCCCAUCCUAAUGGACUUUGGAUCCGCUGGUCCACUGCUAAGAUCCCUCUUGUCACGAAAAGACGUCUUGGAAGUGCCAGAAGAGGCCGGCCAACAUACCACCAUGCCGUAUCGACCUCCCGAAUUAUUUCCAGGAGAAUUGCGUGUGGGAGAUUCGGACGUUGAUUAUACCAAGGUGGAUGUUUGGAGUUUGGGAUGCACUCUGUUCGCCAUUCUCUUUGGGGCAUCCCCAUUUGAAUGUGAAUUCACGCGGAAUCGAAGAUCCAUGAUGGGAUCGCCUACGCAAAACCAACAACAACAACAUCAAGGAGCGCCCAUUAAGAUUGUAGAUUGCACCCAGCUGCGAGUACUGGGAAGCAUACCAAAGCCUCCACCCAACACUGCCGUUGAAAAGUGGUAUUCUCCACAAGUUUUGGAUUUGAUUGAAUUCAUUUUGGAAAAGGACCGUCUCAAGAGACCAACACUUGCUCAAGUACAAAUGCGAGUCAAGGCAGUACUGAAAGGAGACAAUGUCGAUUUGGAAGAUCCAAUAGAGGACCUGUUUUCGAACAGUCGGCAUCAAGGUUCCUGGUGA